GUCAAAUCGUUUCCUUCGAAAACUUGCACUUUGAAGUUCAAAGUUGUCAGCUGUCUGAUCAAUUCUCUGCAACAGAAUCUUUCGCUCGUUUAGGUCGCCGCUGUUCCACGAUUUUGUUCGGCAGUGUCUCACGAAAAAUCCAAAGAAGCGACCAUCUCCUGACAAACUUCUAGCAACCCAUCACUUCGUUCUCGGUUCUUUGAGUUCGAGAAUGACGAGAGAUCUCCUAGAUAAGGUAAAUAACGGCUCUUCUGCUCGGCUUCUUCAUCGGGAAAGUCAAGAGGAAGACGACAAGGACAGUGGGGAAGAAGAAGAGGUAUGGGUGACAUUUUUUGUAUCAGCGUUCACUUUAUAA